AAAGCAUGAACUGCCGCUUUUUGCCUUCUUUUAUUAGAGAUUAAAGAAGAAAAUCUUCAUAUGUACAGGCACCAUACCCUGUCCUUUCAUCUUACCCACAUUCUAUUUUCUUUUCAUCAGAUAAAAUCAAACCAAACCACGCCAUGAAAAUCAGUCAGAGAAUCUUGCUUGCCUUCUUUGCCUUGAUUCUCAUGCACGCUGUGACAUGUUCUUCACUGUCACUGCACCAAGGGACCCAAGUUCCAGGGAGAUACAGAAAUCAACCCAGAAGAUUGCUAGCUUCAGUGGCCUCAUUUUCUGCAAAUCCGCACAAGCCCAGCAAAGCAAUGGAAGAUCCCAAGAAAUCUGUAGAGACAAGUUUAAGGAAGGCCCCACCGAGCAAAUCAAAUCCUACCCAGAACCGGUAACCGAGACUAGGGAUCCCUGAGAAGAAAGAGAAUACAAAUCUCAUUCUAUUUCCACAUUUUUGCAGUUUUCUUAUUUUCACUCUGUUAUAUAGGUAAGAAGAUGAGAUCUUUAUACAUAAUUUUUCUUUUGUUCUCCUAGUUGUUCAUUCGUUUGUUAUUGUUAUUUUUUUGUUUGUUGCAAUUGGUUUAAGUAUUAGAUUUAGGAAAUGAGAGAAAACUUUAUGUACAGAACCCUGAAAGAAAUUGUUAGAUGGAGUAUUUAUUUGUUCUAGAAGAUAGCCACUUUACUUUUGGCAAUUAAUUUUGGCAAUUGGUGAAAUGGAAGUUUAUACAUUUCAAUCAUUUUGCUACUGUUUAUGUAACCCAUGAAUACAUUUGAUCUUCCUUCAAUUUAAUUCUUGCUGACUUCUAGUUCUUGAAAUGCAAUAAGCCAUUUUCUGUCUGAUGUUUCUGAAUAUUUGAACGUGCGGCCUUGUGAUGAGCAAUUUUGUGUACUUAAAGUUCCUAUUGUUUCUAGCAAUCCUAACCUUUAAUGAUGUUUCACACAACUCUUUAAAAUGAAAAGACUAAAAAUGAGAAUCGAAUCAAGGACUCAUAAUUGGUCAAAAUCCUUGUACAUGUUUUAAGUGGAGUGACUUUUUUCUGGUCUGCUAUCUGCAUUAUGUAGAAUUUAAACCACACUGUGCUAGAUUUAAGAAUCAUUCAGUCCAGCUGAUAAACUUUCCUCUUUAGCAGUUUUUUUUCCCCUUCAGUGUUCAUGAAAGUCGACUUCUGUUAAUAUCUCAAUAUUGAUGGAUUCCAUGAUAUUGCUUACUUCAGAGCUUUGAAUUUUAAACCAUUUGCAGAUGCUAUAAAUUGGAAACUGAAUAAAAUUUUGGAUGUAAAUCUUAUUCAUAAUUAGUCUUCCAAUCAAGUUUGUAGAGACAUUAAUUCAUACACUUAAUUUAUAUUGUCUCUCUAGAAAUCCUGUAUAUCUCCUAGAAAGAAAUUCUGAAUUUUCAUGUGGAACUGUUAAUUUUUUUGUUCCAAUAUCAGAUGUGUAUUUUAAGGAAAGAUAAUGCACAUGGAAAACUAAUUUACACCAGUCACUAUAGCUAUCUUAUGUUUGCCACAUAGACGUGUUUUAUUUUAAAACCAAGGCUGUUCCUUCUUUAAUUUCAAAUUACAAGCAUGAUUGUGGACCCUUUUUACCAGUGGUGGAGUCAGACUGAAUAAUUGACAGCAGUUAGCAUAAGAACUCAAUGAUUGUAGUUGCAGCACAUUGCAGUACUUAUAAAUUUAUGCAGGGUUGAAAGCCGAAUCUGGAAUUUUGAAUUACUGUGCACUUGACCUACAAACAUGGUAAGUAUUUUAACGAGAUUGUUAACCAAGCAUGAAAUCCUCAAUGUCUAAUGUGUGCAAGUUCGGUUCUUGAACCUGACUUUCUUCAUUUGGCCAGAAAAAUGUCUCAGUAUGCCAUUUUAUCUACACAUUGACAUGGUAGUGCUUUCAAAAAUCUUUCCUGGCAGCCUGGGACUGUAGUUCAACAAUGAUCAUGGAGCCGGUUGUGUAUGCUCUACAACUUCACCUAUAAAUAACAAUGAACUUGGACUAAAUUACCUGUUGAUGUCAAUUGUGUGGCUGAGGUUGUUGUUUUGGUACUAAAGAAUGAUCUUUUCUAAAGCGUUGAAAAAAUUUCGGAAUUAGUUUUCCUGUUAGUUAAUUAAUAGCUCAAAUUUUGAAAGAAAAAAUUAAUGUCUUAUUGUGGUCAAAGAUGGGCACUUGGUUUUAUCUUGAAUGUUUUUUUAUGUGAACAAAAUACUUUCUUUUUACUAUGAACAGGAAAAUGUGAUUAUCUUAUUUUACCUGAUAUUGUUUUAUGUUCUUACCUUUCUCGUUAAUGUUUGUUUAUUCAUUUGUAGUACACUUCCUUUAUUGCUGAAUUAUUGCUCCCACUAUUUUAAGACGGCUAUACUUGUCAUGCUUGCAACCAUGUACUAAAUUUGAAAAAUUCUCCUGUGUGAAGUUUGGUUUCCAGGUCCCAAACUUUCAACAGUGAAACAGGUUGCUCUGAGUAUUGCAAUUUGACCAUUCACUCUGAAGUUAUGCAAAAUGUCGUCCAAUCUGAUCACCUCUUGUGCAUGGUCUCCAAAUGAAGCAUUCACCCUAACUGGAAAUGGAUAUAAUUCUACACGUGUAGUACAUGCAUUUCAGUAAUGUACACGUAAUUAAUGAACAAGAAAAUGCUGGCGUUACAGUCAGAGGACUUUCCUACAUAAAGAUGAGAAUUCGAAAUAGUCGGUCAAAUUUCUCCCAGACGACUCCACCUGAGUCCACACCUAGGGCUGCUCAUCUUUGUUCACAUCAAGGUUCACAAUGCGGCCGCUUUCUAGUUGAAGAAGAGAAUAGACGCAUGGGAUGGUCCUGCUUUGCAAUAAAACAACUUCCUGCUCAAGUUGCAAGGGAGGAUCUAUUGCAUGAUGAAAUGAAAACAGAAAGCAGUACAGGAAUUAGGCCUUUGAACUGUGUUGAUAAGGAGAAAUAUGCGAAGCAUUGCAUGCGAAUCAAUACAAAUCCGGCCUCAGAAGGGCAGAGUGAAGGAGCAGCAGAUAAAAGGAAAGAGUUUUCUUCAUGUGCUGGCUUUCCAGGGGGUAGAGAAAGCACAACUUCUGCUGCUGACAUUGCUCUUCCUUACACUUUUUCUCAACCAGGAGAGAAAUUGCCGUUUAAGAAAAGAAAACCUUAUAACCACACAGAGGCUGUAGUAGAGAUGGAAAUAGAGGAAGUAGAAGAUGUCAUGCCUGAAGUAAAAGUGGAAGAUGCAAUAAUGGAAGCAAAAGGAAAAUGUGUGUCAGUAGAAGUUGAAGCAGAAGAUCAUUUAACAGAAGUUAAAGAAGAGGAUGCACCAGUUGAAGUUGAAGCGGAAGAGGCAACAGCAGAAAUGAAAGAGGAAGAUAAAUUAGUUAAAGUGGAAGUGGAAGAUGCAGUAUUUGAAGAGGAGGAAGAUGAAAAAGCGGAAGUGAAAGAGUGUGCUACAGAAGAAGUGGAAGAUGAAGUUGCAACAAUGAUGGUAAAAGUGAAAGAUGCAACAGUGGAAGAGGAAGACGCAAAAUUAGAAGUGGAAGAGGACAGUAGGAUGGUAGAAGUAAAGGUGGAGACAACAAAAAUGAAUGAGCUAGAAUAUUUCAACGAAGAUGAUCUUCAGAAGACACAGGGUAUUAACUACACUGUUACUUAUGGCUGUGGGACAUAUGUGCCUUAUCUGAACUUUGAUGAAAACCAGCAGGGGCACCAAAAACAAGAAAUUGGUUUAGAAGAGACAGAAUUUGAGCCAAAUGAGAGGCCAAGAAGGGGAAGGAAAAGGAACCGAUCUGGUCAGUCAGCUAGCAGCAAUAUGCCUCUUCAUUUUGCUGGAAUUAUGAGUGCUAACACAUCGGCGAGGGUUAAGCAAAAGCUAAAGAGAGGAAGGCCAAAGAGGAUGCAAGAUUAUUCAGUUCAUGGGAAUCAAGGGGGGAGGCAAGAGCUAAAUAGAGGAAGGCCAAAGAGGACGCAAGAUCAUUCAGUUGAGGGGAAUCAAGGGUGCGGAGCGAAAAGGAGAAGAGGUCGUCCCAAGAGGAGCACACCAAACAAUAGGGAUCCUGAAAUGCCAAAGCCUAAGAGGGGAAGACCAAAGAGGAUGAAGGAUCAACCUGGCAACGAGUUAAUGUAAAAGCAUAGUGGCUGCCUCAAUGUGUUUUGUAUCAUUGUAAGAACUUUGGUGGAGUUUGCCUUUUAUGUACUAAUAAGUAAGUA